AAAGGGAAAUUAUUAUCAUGAUGGAGACCGCGUCGCGAAAUGAAAUCGUUAAGAGGCGAGUAAAUCAGGCAAAUGUGCUCAUUGGAGCCUCAUAAGCAUGGUUUCAUUAGCGAGGCGUCAAAAUGCCGCGAACUGGGUUAAGGAACUCAACUCUGACAGCUGCAGCGGGUGGCCAAAAUCGGAAUCAAAACACCAUUUCAUAUUCAAAUCAACUGCAGCUGGCAACUUUUGAUUACCAACACAGCCGGAGCAUGAGGAGGACGCCACAAACUGCGCGAUUGCAUGUAGCAGCACUUAGAGCUGAGCACAAAAAGUAAAAUCCUCACAUUGCUGUAAUCCCCCCAGUGACACCUCAAGUCAGUCGCCGUGGGAAAAUGUUGGAGCAGCAGAAGCGCAAUGGAGUUACGGCAGAGGGUGGGUUGGCAAGGUGGAAAUGUCGGAAAGUUGGCGUGCGAAAACUGGCUAACUUCUUGGUGGCGCACACUGCCACCAGUCAGUUGGGAUUUACGAUCUGAGCGGUCAAGUUGUGGUGCGGCGAGCUGCGCUUAAAUGGCGCCAUUUGCGGUUCGGUGGCUUCGGCGGGACUGGAGCUGUGGUCAGCCACUGGCCAAGGGUGCGUCGGAACAGGAGUGCAACAAAGUUUUCCCUCUGCACGGAGACCCAAUAAAUGUUUAAUUAGAGCGCAGACCACACAAAAGCAGGAUAUCAACCAUGGCGAUUGCCUACGACUGGAAGACCAACGAUGUUUUUGAUGCCGACUUUGGCUGGAAUCGUUCCUUCUCCGAGCCGGAUCUCACAGCCAAUCAGAAGUCGGGCGAUCUCAGCCGGUUCGCCAUCAAGCAUCCGCACGAGUACAUAGCCGUCGAUGACCUCAAGUACUUCCGCCGCCGCCAGCCCGUCCAUUUGCACACCCGGAGCAACGUGUGCCUGCACAGCGGCGAUGAGCCAGCGCCCAGCUUUGGCUCCCUGAAGUCCGAGUACCGCAAGCACUUCCGUGGCACCCAGUCCCGACCCAGAUCCUUGCUGCGGCGCGCCACCUCGCUGCGACUGGAGGGAUUCAUGCAGCUGCUGUCGGAGCACCAGGAGAAAUACCACUGGUACACGCCCGAGGACCUGCGCUUCUCCCGCACCUUUCCCGUCCGCAAUCCGGAGAACCUGCAGUUGGGCGAGGGCAGCGAGGGCAACGCUGCCGCCGAUGGCAUGAAGAACUCCUCGUACCUCAUGCUGGAUCCCAGCACCAAGAUACUGCCACGCGAGGUGUUCCUCGACGAGUCGGAACUGGCGGCCAGGAACCAGCCACCCACUAGCAAGCUGGCCGCGGACAAGUUUCGCCGCGAUGUGGCUGCCCAGGAGCAGCAGCGAUGCCAUCUGCAGAUGCGUGCCCAGGCCGUGGACCGCGAGCAGCACGGCCAGGUGCCGGAGCCCUCCGAGUACCGUCGCCAGUUCGUGCAGCAGUUCCCCGAGAAGGCGCACUCCAUACCCCAGAUGAGCAGCAUCAAGAUCCAGGGUGAGUUCGUAGCGGUGCCGGAGUACCGGGACAGUUUCCGUAUGUAUGCCAACUACUCGAAGAGCGCACCCAUCAAGAAGAACGACAACCUGCGCGUGUCCGGCUCCGAGGCUGCCUGCGAUCCCAGUUCGGAGGUGCCGGAGUAUCGCGACAAAUUCAUCGACCCACCCAAGCACGUGGCCAAAGAGAAGUCCCUCAAGACGGACGACCAUCUGCGUCCGCGCGGGGAGUUCACCAAAGAGAUUCCCGAAUACCACGAGAGCUUCCGAGAUCCGCAGAUCACCGAAAUGCCGGAGCGAGGAAAGCCCCGGGAGCCGUUCCUUCGCCUGCGCGGCAAGAUCGAGUUUAAUCCGGAGUACAGGAAUAACUAUCAGGAUUUUCCGCGUUCCCGACCCGUCGUCCAGAAGCCCACUUCCUGCUUCCGGUUGCCCACCUCGGGCGCAUGCCACGCCCCAUCCGUUCACCAUCAGCCGGAAGAGGAACUGGAAACACCUGUCCUGGUAACAGUGCCGCCAUCGGAGGUAACCGCCACACCGGAAUAUCGCCGAGCGCAGUAUAACUACCAACUGCGGGAGCGGCCCAGGGAUUUGGAGGCUGCUCCAGCCGGUGUCCAGGGGAAUCUGCGCAAGAGCUCCGAUUCCUCGUUGGAGGCCAGACAGCCGCAGGCCCAGAUGCCCCACAAGCGGAGAACUUCGCGGCAGCGGCAGAUCAAGGAGCCCGAGCAGCCGUUGGCCACCAGGUUCGACGAUGUGGGCGGCAAUGCGGCCAAAAAGCCAGCCCGCUACGGCCGACGAGCAUCUGUCCUCCAGAACGCAGCCAGCUGUCGGGAGAACUCGUCGAUCAUCGAGGGCAAUCCCAAAUACGCCGUGGGAUGUCGGCGCUCCAAACAGCCAGCCGGAAAUCAAACACAACCACCCGGUGCCUUCGUGGUGCUCGACGAGCCGUGCAAGCCUUCCAACUGGAUGAAGAAGACCUGGUACGACUCCUAG